AUGCCGCCCACCGCAGACCCCCCAUUUUCCGAAGCCCUCUGGCUGAGUCGCGGCUACAGCCCGUACUACGACGACUCGCACAGGAGGCUGCAAAAGGAGGUGCGGGAGUACGUUGAGACAUCCAUUGCGCCACACUGCGAGCAGUGGGAGAAGCAGGGUUUUGUUCCGCCGGAGGUCUACAAGCGGCAUGCAGAGCUCGGAUACGUGGCUGUCACGCCAUACCCCCUCGCGGCUGGACAUGUCAGCGGGCAGCGACUUCCCGGCGGGAUCGCGCCCGAGAAAUGGGAUGCGUUCCACGAUUUGAUUCUCAUCGACGAGAUUGCACGCUGCGGCUACCUCGGCGUCAUCUGGGCGCUGGGCUGUGGGAAUUCCAUCGGCGGCCCUCCGGUCAUCACCUUUGGGAAUGAAGAGCAGAAGCAGCGAUUCUUGCCAGAUAUGCUGAGUGGAAGAGCUCGGUUCUGCUUGGGGGUUACUGAGCCCGACGCCGGAUCCGACGUGGCUGGUAUCACCACCACGGCUGAGCGACGGGGCGAUGUUUAUGUCGUCAACGGGGCGAAGAAAUGGAUCACGAACGGAAUAUUCGCCGACUACUGCACCGCCGCUGUUCGAACAGGAGGGCCUGGAACGGCGGGAAUAUCCGCUCUGAUCAUUCCGCUCAAGGCCAAGGGGGUGACGUGCAGAAAGAUUGAGAACUCGGGUGUCACUGCAAGUGGUUCGACCUACAUCGAGUUCGACGACGUCGAGGUGCCCGUGGGCAACAGGCUGGGUAACGAGAAUGAGGGGUUUCCGAUUAUCAUGAACAACUUCAACCACGAGCGGCUGUGGUUGGCUUGCACGGCUCUGCGCAUGGCUCGAGUAUGCGCAGAGGAUGCGUAUCGCCACGCCAUUACUCGCGAGACAUUCGGCAAGCCACUCUUCGCCAACCAAAUCAUCCGGUCCAAGUUUGCUGACAUGGGUCGUCUCAUCGACUCGGCCUACGCGUGGAUGGAGCAACUGGUCUACAUCUCGCAGGCCGCAAAACAAAACAAUGCUCUUGCCGACGCGGCAAUGGGAGGCUUGUUUGCAAAUCUCAAGGUGUUGGCCGGUCGGACGCUGGAAAAGGUCAAUCGCGAGAGCCAGCAGGUGUUGGGUGGCCUCGCAUACUCGAAACAGGGCCGUGGGGCGCGGAUCGAGCAGAUCAGUCGAGACGUGCGAGUUAUGGUCGUCGGAGGAGGCAGUGAGGAGAUCCUGUCCGAGUUGGCUGUGAGCCAGGAGGUCAAGGCGAUGGCCAGAUUGCAGCGGAACAAACUGUAG